AUGUCAGCAGCAACUGGGAAGAGUCUUUCUCCUGUGGUGAGCGCCAAUUUGAGCGUCCUACAGUCGAGAAUUAGAGGAAUGCUUUUGGGCGCUGUUGUUGGUGAUUGCUUCGGCACUAGGUUCUGUGAUAUCGGCGUCAACGCAUUGCCGAUGGCUGAAGUUGCCGAAUCGCUUUCCUAUAGAGCCAUGGCGCCCUCAUUGGCAAAGCUCUCUGGAGGUCAGUGGUUGUUCAGACAAUCCUGUAAUGGAUAUAUGAUGCUGAAUGCGACGAAGAACGUUCUCAACGGUGGAGACAGUGCGCACCUCCGACAAAGUUUUGUAGAUUUGAUUAACGAUCCCGACAUGAAUCACCUUAAAUGGGGUGCUGGGAUUGGUUCUGACUUACCCGCGGCAUUGUUCCCGGAUGGUGAAUAUGAAACUGUUUUUGAGCAAAUGGCUGGAGCCGUCCCUACACAUGAUGUCGCUAAGGAUCGUGCUAAGUGUUUGGUAGAUAUCGCGCGGAAUGCCGUGAGGACGGGAGUUUGCGAUUUGAGCAUCAUCAAAGAUUCUCGGACGAUAUCUGCACUCCAACUGGCAACACCUGUCAACUACAGUGAGGUUUCAAUGGAUGUACAGCGGAGGCUCGCCGCCAGGAUUGGAAAUGAUUCCAUGGCUAGUACUGCGUUGCCGAUCGUUGCAUUUGCUAUUAAGCAAGGCUUGGUGGGAGAGGAAGUUCACGGCGCUGAUGAGGAUGCUGAUUUGGGUGGAGCGACUUUGACGCCAGCAAUGCUCUGUCCUGAUAUUCUCAACAGUAGCAACAAGAUAGACUUUGCUGAACAGUAUUAUGACGAGACUGAAAAUGCCAGUCCGACGUAUGGUCAAAACGAAAUGCAUUUGAUUCUGAGCUGGGCCAUCAGCUGUGGUGGUGAUACUCGAGCCAAUGCAUGCCUUGCUGGCGCGAUAGCAGGAGCAACAUACGGCGCUGAGCAAAUCCCUCACGAAUGGAGGGUUACGUGUGAAGGCACCAAAGAGGCCCUCAGGGUUGCUGAUAGAGUCUUUGAGGAAGUCUAUCUUAACAAUCCUACCUUGGCCGAAUCGAUCGCGCGAUCGAUUUCGACACCUGUGAAAGCUACCGCCGAGUAA